AUGAGCCCAUCCGCCAGCCCCGCUGCAGCGAUCAACCUGACGCCCUCGCCUUGUCGGCCCCACGCCUGGCACAAAGCCGGCGCGAUUGCGUCCUCCCACACAUCCCAGUCGCCCCUUCGCGGCCGUCCGACGCAGCCCCUGAGCUGUCGACCCACCGACCCCAAAGACCCUUUCCUGGCGACCACAUCCAGGCCUCCUCGAGACCUCACCCGCCCCACCCAGGCCUCCCCCUGGCGACCCCACGCCGCCGCCAUCACCCCGCACAGGCGGAGCGUGAACCUCGCCAUGGACACCGGCCGCACGCCAUGCGCGUACCCUCCCUGGCGCGCCGAUGGAGCAUCCGCUGGCGCCUGCGGCAUGACACCGUCUGGGCGCCCCGAGCUGCCCGUCGUCCUCAUGAGGCCGCGCCGGCGGCCGGCACAGAGUACAGGCGACAUCACGCGGUCGGCCUGAGGGCGAAUCCCCUGGGCGCCAUCAAGGGCAUGCUCCAAGACAUGUCCCCAUGGCGACCCUGGCCUGGUGGGCUGCAAUGGCGCCGUGGGCGGCGCCCGGCUGGCGACCAAUUAGUCCCGGGGUGUA